AUGAAUUUGAUGACCUGGAAUUGUAGAGGUGCUGGAAAGAAACAAUUUAAAAGCACCUUUAGAAGGUUCAGGAAGAAGUACAAAGUUGGAGUGGCUGCAAUAUUGGAGCCUAGAGUUAGUGGUGACAUAGCCUUGAAAAUUAUUCGAAGUUUGGAGUAUCCUAGUUAUAUAAUUUCUGAGGCCAAUGGGUUUGCAGGAGGUGUGUGGAUAGUAUGGGACCCGAAUGAGGUGCGUGUCACUCUUCUGAAGAAGCAGGAACAAUUCAUCCACUGUUGGGUGGAAUUUCCUGGUAAGGAGGGAUUCUUCUGGACUGCUGUUUAUGCUAGCCCUAAAGAAGAAAGAAGAAGAAUGUUUUGGGAAGACUUGAAGCUUAUUGGGAGAACCAUGGAUAGUCCUUGGAUGCUGUCAGGAGACUUUAAUGAGAUUUCCUCAACUUCUGAGAAGAAAGGAGUGUUCAAAAGACUUGAUAGAGCUGUUGCAAAUGAUGCUUGGAGAGCCUGUUUUGAGGAAGCUUCUGUCUUGAAUCUACCUAGAAUUUUCUCAGAUCAUUGUCCUGUCUUGGUGAGAAUUCAUAAAGAGGACCAGUGUUGGAGGGAGAGGCCAUUCAGGUUCAUGGCUAUUUGGAAGAAUGAUUCUCGAUUUAACUCCUUUAUCAGAACCAAUUGGGAUACCAGCUCUAAGCUCUUGGACAGUUUGACAUCUUUCACUCCAGCAGUCAGAAGCUGGAAUAAGAAGGUCUUUGGCUUUACUCACUAUAGGAAAAAUAGGGUGAUAGCUAGGCUGGAUGGCAUCCAAAGACAGAUGAGCUUGAGGAAUAACUAUCAUUUGGAAGAAUUGGAAGCUAAUCUUAAUAAGGAACUUGCUGAUAUUUUAGAGCAAGAGGAGCAGAUUUGGUUUCUGAAAUCUAGAGGGGAUUGGAUUAAAGAGGGUGAUAGAAAUACUAAGUAUUAUCAUACUUGCACUUUGAUUAGGAGGAAGAGGAACAAAAUUAUCAAACUUCAAAAUCAUGGUGGUGGAUGGAUUUCUGGUGAGGAGGAAUUGAUUGAUCUGGCCAGGAACUUCUUCAUUAACCUUUUCACAGAUGACUUGGUUGAAUCAGGGUGGAGUCAGACUAGUUGCUCUUGGCCAGCUAUCAGGGAGGAGCAUAGAAACCUUUUGUCUUUGGAUAUUUCUCUUGAGGAUGUCAAGAAUGCGUUCUUUCAAAUGGCCCCAUUGAAAGCUCCUGGACCAGAUGGAUAUCCAGCAUUGUUCUAUCAUAAGAAUUGGGAGCUGAUUAAAGACCAAGUCUUCAAUAGCAUGCAGUUGUAUCUUAGCAAGCCUGAGGAGAUUAAAGAGAUCAAUCAGACUCUCUUUGCUCUAAUUCCCAAAGUGGAGAGGCCUUGUUUCAUGAAGCAGUUUCGGCCUAUUGCACUAUGUAAUACUGUGUACAAUGGAUUGAGUAAAAUUCUGGUUAACAAGAUCAAACCAUUCAUAGGUGAGCUUGUUUAUCCUUAUCGGUGGAGUUUUGUCAAGGCUGUUCUUGAAGAGAUGGAGCUUCCAGGUGAACUGAUAGCUGCUAUUAUGGGUUGUGUCACAAGUUCUUUUAUUGAGGUGUUAUGGAAUGGAAGUAGGACUCAGGGAUUUUCUCCUCAAAGGGGACUCAGGCAAGGGGAUCCAUUGUCUCCUUAUUUAUUUGUCCUAUGCAUGGAGAAGCUGACCCAUCUUAUCAUGGAUGAAGUUGAUAAGGAAGGCAUGGCUCCCAAUUAG